GACACCCAUGGGGGCAAUGCAGAAGACUGUUGUUCUCUUUUGCCUGUAUUGCACGGCUGUGGUGAUAUAUACUGUACUUCAACGGCCAACGCAUACUGAUGUAUCCUUCCGGUCUGAAGUUCCAUCCCCAUCAUGUCCAAGUGUAUUACGACACAUGAUGGCAGGCAUGUGGUUAACCAGAUCAAUAUCUGAAGAAGAGGAAGACGAAAUCGAAACAUACUUACGUAAAGCAAUUUACAUUUUGGGGCUAAAGGGUACAUUUGAGAGGCCAGAUAAAAAGUGUGGAAACAUAUCGUACUUUGGUUGGAAGGUCAAACGUAAAGAAGGAGGAUGGUUUCGGGUGUUGUGUGAACCGAGAGGAAGUACUCCGUGUUGCUAUGACAACGUGUGACAAAAGAAAACUACAAGCGAAUGUGUUUGUGAUGGAUGUUAUGACCUUCGAACUCAAAAACAUGCUGAGUAUUCAAAGUGGAUUCCUGACGAUAAACGAUGCCAAGUGAAAAACUUCACGUCCAAAUCUGCGUGUGAACUUCUCAAGGGAGGAACUUUCCACUUCUAUGGCGACUCUCUCGUCCGGCAGAUGUUCUUGGCCUUCAUCAUUAUCGUCAAGGGAGACUAUCGACAUGGCGGACUGGCACCUAAUGCAACUAUCAAGAUGAAACAAGAGUGUGGAGGGAAAAACGUGUUUCCUUUUCAGAAAUGUCGUCCUAACCUGGACUACUCCCCAAGACUCUGCAACGGAACAGUGAAGGCGAAAUUCUUGUUUUGUGGUCGGCUUGAUAUGGGAGGUAAAACCAUGACAAACGAGCUGAAAAACAUACUGGAUACGCCCAAAUCUUUGGUUUUGUUUGGGAGUGGUCUAUGGCGGAUGUUCAACAAAACGGAUAACUCCAAGUUUGCAAGAGCGAUCAUAGACUCUGUGAAAAGCAACACCACACGGAAGUGGCCCAAAUUGCUGUGGUCUGGGUUUAGUGGUUUCGGACUCUGGCGAACAGAGCUUGUUCGGGGAGUAACUAAUGAAAAUGCUCAAGUCUACAACCGAUACAUGGAGAGGUUUGUAGGGAAGUAUAACGUUCCGAUGUUCGAUACAUUCAACUUGACUCAAGGUAUUCGGAGUCUGGAUGGAACUCAUUUUGGUCCGGGGGUCAAUUUUCUUAAAGCACAGAUCUUUUUGAAUUACCUCUUGGAGUUGCAAAACAAAGGAGAGUGGGCCUGAGAAGUUUCCAGUAGAUGUGUACGGAUUGGCUUAUACCCGAGAUCUUUUUGAAUUACCUGUUGGAGUUGCAAAACAAAGGAGAGUGGGCCUGCGAAGUUUCCAGUAAAUGUGUACGGAUUGGCUUAUACCCGGUCUUGUAUGUUAGAUGCUUGAUAGGCAUUUUAUAAGAAGCUAUUUGAUGAACAUAAAGAAUUUUCUGGAUUU